AUGGUGAGAAUCAUUCCCUGUAUAAUAGAUGUCAAGUUUCUUGGGAGGUACACGAUUUCGGUCGCUGCGGUGCAAAGGGGGAGGGGCGGGCUCAACUGGAGAGGGCUGAUGGCCCGUAGAAAGUUGCUCACUGGGCUGCUCCGAACUCUGGGCCAUGGCGCUCGGCUGGACAGGCGAAGUAGGCGAGGGCGAGAGGGAGCUCGCAUCCCGCUGGGCCAGGUCCAGGCUGCGAGGAGAGGAGGACGAGUUAACUGGGCCGGGCUGGGAGGAGGCAGCAGGGCGAACAAGAGUGGGCCGAGGCUGCUGCUGCUCAAUAGCGCCAGCUGGGCCAGCGUCCGCCAAGGAGGGCCCAGAAGCAGGCGGGAGAGGGCCUGGGUGACGAGGGGGGCUUCCGCCAGCAGACUGAAGAAGUUCAUCGUCCAAAUUAUCCAUGGGGCGAUGAAAGACAUCCCGGGGAAUCCAGUGCAGGUGUGUAGAGGUCUCUGA